UUACUUUCAGGUUAUAUAAAGGAUGCAGUGGUGUGGGAGACUCAACUUUUGGCCGUCGACAUCGGGCGCGCAUCUCCUUAUACCGGAUCACCAAGUUACGAGCUCGAUUUGGCUUGGGACAGAUUAUUCAAGAAUUCAAACUUGAGAGUAUCCACCGAAGAGAUGAGCCAACUGGAUCGCACGCCGAUCCCUUUGUCAGACAACAACGGUAACUUGGCAAAUCUUGAUCAUUGCAUCGAAAACCUUCGGAGGAAUAUCAUGUGUCUGCCCAGCUUAGAGCUUCUAAUGUUCGAUUGGGUGCCAUACAAAUCUGCUCCACAGCCACGAUUCAGCCACGAGCAUACCUGCGUCAAUUGGGAUAGAAUCGACAUUUGGACCCAAGCAAGAUCUUUCAACGUGUUCGAUAAUACGCUUUUGGUUAAUCCCAUUCUAGGCACGUGGAGUUCAUUCAUCAACAAUUUAAAAUGCUAA